AUGUCGGUCUGGGACGCUUUCACUGGGAGGAAGUCCUCGAGGCAGCAAUCGGAAGCCUCCACCCAUCCCCAAUCUUCCUCUUCAUCCUCAUCCUCGUCUUCAUCAUUUACGCCGACACAUUUCGAUCCCACUACUGCAACAGACGUGUCGUCCUUUCUUGGAAGCGCCUCUUUACCCGAUGCAUCGAAACUUCACCCCCUGGCCGGCUUGAAUCAACAGACACUCGACUACCUCACACUCGACGAGUCGCAACUCUCAGACCUCCCCGGCUCUAGGUCGAUAUUACCAUCGCGCGGCUGGUCUGAUGACUUGUGCUACGGCACGGGAGUCGUCUAUCUCGCUGCCUUGACUACAGGAGGCAUGUGGGGUUUAAUAGAAGGACUGAAUCGAACACCGGCAUCCGCACCUCCGAAGCUAAGAUUAAACAGCGUGUUGAACAGCAUCACGCGAAGAGGACCUUUCCUGGGCAACUCGGCCGGAGUGGUGGCAAUGGUUUACAACGGAGUAAACUCGACGAUAGGAUAUUACCGCGGGAAACAUGAUGCUACCAACAGCAUUCUGGCUGGUGCAUUCAGCGGAGCCAUUUUCAAGAGCACCCGAGGCUUGAAACCAAUGUUGAUCUCAAGCGGCAUCGUAGGAUCGAUUGCGGGAGCGUGGGCUUUGACUCGAAAAGUCAUUUUCGAACCAGGCGAACCCGCGGAGGCGAAAGAACAUACGAUUGCUCCCACACACGCGAGCAUCUAA